GAGUAAAAAAAUAUGCCUAACUGUAAUUUUGUCUAUAAAUGUUAAACGACAUCACCAUUCAGCUAUAAAACAUUAAAUAUUACGUACUUGAAGGAUUUACGGAUACACAUUAUGUUUCCUAAGAUGAUUAUUUUACUAUUUUAUAUGUGCAUAAGUUGUAUAUCACUGUCAUACAGUGCUGAAAAUAUAAUAUUAGUUCUUACUGAUGAUUUGGAUAUAUUACUUGAUGGAAUGACUCCUAUGACAAAUACAUUAAAUUUAAUUGGGAAACAGGGUGCAACGUUUUCAAAUUGUUUUGUUGCUACACCUGUCUGUUGUCCAAAUAGAGCUUCAAUAUUAACUGGAAAGUAUCAACAUAAUAAUCUAGUAUUAAAUAAUUCCAUUAGUGGAGGCUGUAAUGAUGAUAAAUGGCAAAAAGUGCAAGAACCAAAUACAUUUGCAGCACAUUUAAAAAGGGAGAUGUCAUAUACAACUUUUUAUGCAGGAAAAUAUUUAAAUCAGUAUGGACAUCAAAAAGCGGGUGGACCUGCUCAUGUACCAGUAGGAUGGGAUUGGUGGGCUGGUCUUGUUGGUAAUUCAAGAUACUAUAAUUAUUCUAUAUCCAUAAAUGGAACUCGGAAGAAGUUUGGUAAUGAACCGGCUGAUUACCUUACAGAUGUAAUUAAUAAUUUAGCAAUGGAGUUCAUUGGAACUCGUAAUGCAAACAAUCAACCAUUUCUCAUGGUUUUAGCACCACCUGCACCUCAUGCACCUUUUACCCCAGCAACAAGACAUAUUGAUAAAUUUAAAGAUGUGAAAGCCAAAAGAACGCCUAAUUUUAAUACACUAAUACAAUCAGACAAACACUGGUUAGUACAACAAGGACCAUCUCCACUACCCAAUGACUUACUUCCCAAGUUGGAUGACAUAUAUAGAAGGAGAUGGGAAACAUUAUUAGCUGUUGAUGAACUUGUAACAAAUAUAUAUCAAGCUCUAAAAUUCCAAAAUCUUUUAAAUAAUACUUACAUGAUAUUUACAUCUGAUAAUGGAUAUCAUAUUGGUCAGUUUAGUCAGCCUAUAGAUAAACGUCAGCCGUACGAAACCGAUAUUAGAGUUCCAUUGUUAAUGCGGGGACCUGGAAUUGUACCAUCUAAGAUUUCUGCACCUGUUAGUACCGUUGAUUUGUUUGCUACGAUUUUAGAAAUAGCUGGUAUUCAACGACCAUCUGAUGGAACAUCCUUGUUAAAAAAAACCCUACCAAAAGAUAGAACACUUUUGGUAGAAUAUAGAGGAGAACACGCUGAUGACCCUCCUACAGGUUGUCCGACCGAUAAUGAUCCAACGCUUGCAUUAUGUUACAAGGAUUUGGCAUGCAAAUGCCAAGAUACUGUAAAUAAUACUUUUACUUGUAUACGACGUCUCUCUCCGGAAUUCAAUAACAUUUUCUGCGUUUUCGAUGACGAUAAGCAAUUCAUUGAAGCAUAUAACAUAACUACGGAUAAUUAUCAAAUGGAAAAUAUUGCGUACAGCAUGAAACGCCAGCAUAGACAUAGAUUCAGAAAGUAUCUGAAACAGAUGAGCACUUGUAAAGGGGAGGAAUGUGUCGUUACAAAUAUGGAAAACGUGUACAUUUAGUACCCGAUCUUGAAGAAAGAAGAUGAAAUAUAUAAAUACUAUUUUUAUAUUCCAAACUAUGUAUUAUAAAGUGACAUCUACUUAUAAUUUUUAUAUACGUUAAGAUGUACUGUUAAAAUGUGUUGACAUAAAAUAAAGAAAAUUUAUACUUAA